AUGACGGGUACAACGGAAACCGAACCCUUGGUUGUCGUUAACAAAUGGGAUGGCCCAACCGUCAAAAACCAUCUCGACGAUACGGUUAAAAAGGUUUUUUUUUAUUUUGUUAUGUAUCUUGCAAUGUGAAUCAGAGUGAGUUAUUAGAAUCAUAGUCUCAAUACAGUAAAGAUAACUGCCGAGUUUGGCGCGAGAGAAAUGCGAGAUCGGUGGCGUUACAUUGACGAACUCUCACAAAUCUCGCGCCGGUCUCGCAUUUUUCUAGGCGGAGCUCGUAUUUCUCUCGCAAUUUGCAAAUUUUCGAAAUGCUAGGUCGCGCCGGUAAAUAUGCGAGGUCGCAUCUAGAAAUAAGCGGCACGUUUGCGAGUUCGCAAUGUACCGCCGCUGACCUCGUUUAUCUCGCAGUUAUUCUUAGUGUAGAAGUUCCACUGUGAGCUGGGGACUACCUCUUAUAUUUUUCAAUCUGUCACAAUACGAAAAAGGAUUCUUUUAAACUUAGUCAUCAAAGCCAAGUGUGAAGGCUCGUAUACCAAGUUGAAUUCAAAAAGAAAGCAGCAUACAAAAUCGAUUCUCUUGGCCAUGUUUCGCCAACUUUCUGUAUGGUUGAAUUUUUUUUCUCAGAACGCCAGCAACUGAAGUCAUUUUUAAGAUCCUGAACGACAAAAUCGGCUGGAAAGAGUACCAUUCGUUGAUGGACGGCCGCAUUCUCAUCUCUUUCAUAGGCGUUGCUUUCUCUGCUUUCGGGAUAGCGUACGAUUUCUAUCACCCGUUCCCCCAGUCGAAGAUGGUUACGUGUUUCUUUCUCGUUUCAUUCUUUUUCCUUCUCAAGGUUCUCGCGGUCUGCUCCGUUUCGUACUUCAUCUGCAUGGGAGUUCUCCAGCUGUACGUGUGGUACGUGGAGAAAGAAUGCUUCUACCAGGCCACCGAGUCCGAUGGCCAGCAAAAACGCGUGUGGAAGUGGUGCUCCGAAAUGAAACAGUAUGUUCCAAUUUUUCAGUUUUCGGGUUCAUUAAAACUAGUACCUACACUGAGAAUUAAUUCGUGCGGUCGAGGUGUUAGAAAAAAACGAGAUUCUUGAUAUUGAAUACUUUUUUUCCUUAUAAACAAUCAUUUUUUGAAAAAAAAAAAUACAUUUCCAACUAUUUUCAUUGUCAGAUAUGACGAUAAGUACUCGCUUUCUGCCGAGUUCGUGAAAGAAAGCCGAUCUGGUCGAGGAAAGAUCACAAAGUCGAUCGGAAUGUACAUUGACCAGGACGGCGAGGUUCGUUGAGAAUCCAGUAUUUUUAUACGCAGUUAUUUUUCUUUAGAUUGUCGUACCACUGCUGCAAAAGGAAGUCGAUGAUUUGUACAACCGGCUCCUAAGGGGGGAACACUAA